GAAACUCAGUGGGCUGUCAGCCUAUUAACCAAGUUUAGAAUAGCUCAGGUACAGUUAAAAUAAGCCAUAAAAUAUUGUAGCACAUCACUGUGCGAUUGUACCGGUUGAUCCGCCGCCUUAGACUUAAUUCUAUCAUAAUAUUCAGUCCUGAGAACCGCUGGACGCAAGACGGACGACAUUACAAAACUUAAUAAAAUUUUAUAAGUGCAUUAAAAUGGUGGACUCGAAAAUAUUUGCUCUUGUACUUGCUUGUACAUUUGCUGUUGGUUAUGGGGUUGAUUCAACAAACUAUGACCUCAGCAGGAAUAGGCCCAGCAUCGGUAGCGGCGGUGCUGGCUACGGGAACUACUACCCUGGGCAGUAUCCGGGCAAUUAUCCGAGCAACUACCCGCAAGGUCCAGGGGUAUAUCCGAGCGGUCCGGGAUACCCGGGUCAGUACGGCCCGGCGGGACCGCCCGGGGCUCAUCCCGGUUGCCCCCUAUGUGAUUCGUCAGUGUAUAGUUACUGUUCGCGUAAACAAGCCCAUGAUUCCUGCUGCUGCGAUAAUCCUUCUUUUCCCGGCUAUGGAUGUCGCAAAACGGACUGCAAGUUCCUGUACGCCAACUCUUGUGAAGAAUAUCAGUUGAUCUCCAACUGCUGCUGUGUGGAUCUUCAGAAGAAUUCCGUGGACACGCCUGUCGUGGCUCCAUUAAUCUAAGCAUAAUUGAGCACUUUAACUUUACCAUUUGUUCCAUCUGUUUUGAUUGGAUUCGCAUUGUGAACGCAUAAAGUUAAGAUAAUACAAAGAGAAAAAUAUACUUUAAAGCAAGCUAAAGUAAUUUUGGUUAACAUUAAAAACGAUGUCAUUAAACAAUACAAUAUAAUAUAAUGUAUGCGACAUAUGGACGUACUUUUUGUAUCACAAAAACGUACUGAUACUUUCUCUGAGAAAAUCAAUAAUGAUAAUUUAGACUGUAAUAUAGAUGGGAAGUCAAAAUAAAUCGAUUUAGAUAUUUAGUUGUACACUACGAGAGGUUUGAAGCUGCAGACUGUGACAACUCACCUUCUGCUAGGCACUUAGAAGAAAAAGAGCAUAACAAUUUUUUUUACGACUAUUUUAUUACAUGAAAUUUUAUUUUAAAACCAUCCAUGAUCUAUUUUUUAACAAACAAACACAAAAUGUGAUAAUACUGUCGAAGUAAUGUGUAUGUAGGCAUGUGUUAGAUUUAUUUUUAUUUGGUAAUUUGUACGGUAGGUAAAAGGCAAUUAAUUGUCUUGACUCGACGGUAAUAACCACUAAAUACAUUUAUUUUUGUCAAUUUGAAUACUGUACGUAACGUGUGCGAUUGUUAAAUUCACAAUAAAUAUAUGUAAUUAAUA